AUGGCUAAGUUGCACACAGGCAUCUCAAUAAUCCAAGAACCAUGGUUAGUAAGAGGUGUCAUUAGGGGGCUUGGUGGGGUUGGUCUAGUUUGUUACAGGGACUGCAGAGCUGCCAAACCCAGAGCGUGCAUUCUUACUAAGGGUGUUAACGCAACUCCACUAUUGGAUCUGUGUUCAGGGGACCUAAUGGUGGUGGUAACUAACCUGGAGGGUAUAGGUAAGACGGUCGUAGGAUCGGCAUAUUUUCCAUAUGAUAAUAAAAAUAAUCCGCCAAUUGAAGUUCGUAGGUUGGUGGACUACUGUAUGGAAAAGGGACUUCCUCUGCUGCUGGGCUGCGAUGCAAACUCACAACAUACGGUGUGGGGGAGCUCAAAGGACAACCAGAGAGGACAGGAGCUACUGGAAUAUCUAAUCGAAACGAAUCUAGAUAUUCUCAACACGGCAUUGGAAAUAAGGUAUCCUGAGCCGCCAACAAACCUUCCGCAGGCUGAUUACCGGUCUCGGAGGCAAUUGGCUAACAGGAUUGUGACUGCCGAGAGGAUCAGAUGGGCCACGGAAUCUUUCAGCCCUUACAAGUCUCCGGGUCCUGAUGGCGUCUACCCUGUCCUCUUGCAAAGAGCGAUAGAUGAGGCUGUUGGACCAUUGGUAAGACUUGCUAGGGCGAGUCUGACUCUGGGAUAUGUCCCAGUAGCGUGGAGGGGUACAAAAGUUGUAUUCAUACCUAAAGCGGGCAAGAACGGUUAUACCUCACCGAAGGAUUUCCGUCCUAUUAGCCUUACAUCCUUUAUCCUAAAAUUAGUUGAAAGGUUGGUGGAUAGAUAUAUUCGCAGUGAGAUUUUGGAGCGGUUCCCGCUACAAAAGGAUCAAUAUGCGUAUAGAGCGGGAUGCUCUAAGGAAACAGCUCUGGCUAGAGCAGUAGACCUAAUUGAUGGGCAACUGCAGAAUCAGGGCUUUGCUGUGGGUGUUUUUAUGGACAUAGAAGGAGCUUUUAGUCAGGCCUCUCCGGAAUCCAUAAAAAGAGCUAUGACAGCUUUUAAUAUUCCUACAGGAGUGGUUGAUUGGACCUGUCAUAUGUUAAAAAACAGGAACCUCUUAUCAACUAAAGGAGACUCAGUCCUGAAAGGGACAGUCAACUCUGGAUGCCCCCAAGGAGGUGUUCUUUCACCCUUGCUCUGGUCCUUGGUAGUGGAUGAACUACUGAGAAUUCUGACCGAAGCAGGAUACCAUGUAAUUGGUUAUGCGGAUGACAUUUUGUUAAUCGUUCGCGGUCCCCACCUUGAAGUUAUACUCGAAGUGGCCCAAAAAGCGUUAAACCUGGUAGAUAAAUGGUGUGAGAAGGUGGGUUUAUCUGUAAAUCCGGGGAAAACGGAAGCGGUUAUCUUUACCAGACGGUACAAGUGGAAAGCCUCGUGCUCACUUACGCUGUCUGGAAAAGAGAUCAAAUACACAGAGCAGGCAAAAUAUCUAGGAGUAAUCCUGGAUAGCAAACUGCUCUGGAAAAAGCAUUUAGAGGAAAAAUGUAAGAAACUUACAGCUGCUCUUUGGCAAUGUAGAAGGGCCAUUGGUGGUAGCUGGGGUCUCAAACCGGAUACACUAUUGUGGAUCUAUGAAGCAAUUCUGCUCCCUAGGCUGACCUAUGCUUGUGUGGUCUGGUGGGGUAGAGUUGAGCUAAAAACAGCACAAACAGAAUUGGAAAGGGUAAGGGGGAUGGUACUUAGAGGCAUAACGGGGGCGGUGCGUACAACUCCCACUGCUGCCCUUGGUGCCCUCUUGGGGCUAGAACCCUUACACCUUACAAUUAAAGCAGCGGCGGUUAAGGCUGCCCUGCGGUUGAGUGGUCCUGUGGGCUGCAGGGAGGUGGGCAGAUGGCGUCUCCCAAAGAAAUUGGUGAGAAUCCCACUUCUAAGUAUGAUUAGGGACAGAACUGUCCCUUUGUAUCUCUUCGACAAAAAGUAUAGGAUUAAUAUACCUAGUAGAGAAGAUUGGAUAAAUGGACUGACAAGUAUUUCAGCUGACGGUGAAGUCUGGUACACAGAUGGAUCAAAAGGCGGGAAUGGAGUCGGUGCAGGAAUCUAUCAUGUAACCUCCCAAGUGGGACACUCCUUUAAGUUAGGGACCACUGUUACUGUGUUACAAGCCGAAAUUGUGGCAAUAUUUUAUGGUGCUGUUGAAGCCUUGAAAAAUUGUCACAACAAAGAUAUUUUUAUCCUUUCGGAUAGCAAGGCGGCCAUUUUCUCCUUGAAACGAUACGUAUCAACAUCACGGCUGGUCGGUGAUUGUCAUGAAUCACUUAACAAACUAGCUGAAACGAACCGCGUUACCCUCCUGUGGAUCCCUGGUCACAGUGGAUUCGCGGGAAACGAUAGGGCGGAUGAGCUAGCCAAAGAAGGGGCUAGAAAACAACUUAUUGGACCUGAACCUCCCAUUGGUGUUUCCAACAAAUGCUUGACACUGGAAAUUAAACAGUGGAUAGCUGCGGAACACCAAAGGGAAUGGCAGGUAACUAAGGGCUGUAGACAAGCUAAGGUACUCAUGGGAAGUAGUAUUAACCCUAUGAGGAAAGCGGAAUUCCGCAAAUUAAAUAGAAAAGAGGCAAAGAUCAUAACGGGGCUAUUAACUGGCCAUGGUGAUCUGCGCUAUCAUAGGCACAAAAUGGGGAUCCUAGAUGACCCGAAGUGCCGUAGGUGUGGAGAGGAAUAUGAAACCCCGAUACACAUCUUGUGUCACUGCCCUGCACUUGUGAAGGAGCGGGAACACAUUACGGGCUACUUCUUUCUGGGGGAGACCGUUAUCGCUACCAGAAACCUGGCCGAAGUCCUCCUGUUGUGGAAAGGACUUCGGAUAUAG